CUUGUCACCUACUCCUUUUUUUAGCUUCCACUCUCUCUCUUUCACAUUGAAAGAAAGAGAACGCCAAAGAGCUCAGAAGCUUUUCUCUCGGAGAGACAAAUAGGCAUAUAGCUCUGUGUUUCCUGCUCUGCUUUCUGGGUUUUUUUUGGAUUGUGAUGGAGAAGCACAAGUGCAAGCUAUGCUCCAGAGGCUUCUCUAAUGGCAGAGCUUUGGGGGGUCACAUGAGGUCUCAUAUGUUGAAUCUUCCAGUUCCUGCAAGACCAGAAUUAUCACCAUUACCACCACCGCCAGCGCCGGCGCCGGCGCCACUACCACCACACGACCAAUUCAGUGAGACCGAGUCUGCUUCGUCACCAUCAUCUUCCUCUGGUGAAGAGGAAGGAGGAGGAGAAGAAAAGGGUCUCUGCUAUGAGCUGAGAGAGAACCCAAAGAGAAGCAUUCGAUUCGUAGAUCCUGAAUUUUCUUUUGCUGUGGAUGCUGGGUCUGUUGUUCUUCAAGAUGGGGAGAGCGAGACCGAGUCGUCAAAGAAUCCGACUCGGCGACGAUCCAAGCGGACUCUGAAUUUAGAACAAAAGUACCAUCUUCUUCAUCAUGAUCAUCAGCGAGUUCAAGAACAAGAUGAUGAUGCUAUGAAAAAGCUCAAGUUCACGAUGAACAAGGCCGAGUCAUGGGCUGAGCCUGAACCAGUGAGUUCGAUCUCCGACACUACUACCGAGGAAGAUGUUGCCUUUUGUCUCAUGAUGCUCUCAAGGGACAAAUGGAAGAAACAAGAACAAGACGACGAGGACGAAGACUUGGAAGAUAUAUCAGAGAGAUCCUUGGAGGACAUGACCGACGUGUCCGAGGAACAGCUCAAGAUGUCCAAGACACGAACGCGAGGCAGGUACAAGUGCGAGACAUGCAAGAAAACCUUUCGUUCCUAUCAAGCUCUGGGUGGACACAGAGCGAGCCACAAGAAGAUCAAGCUUAAUUCUGCUCCAAUUUACGAGCUCAAGUUGGAGCAAAAAAAUGCUGGUACUCCGUCUAUGACGGAGAAAAAGAUUCACGAAUGCCCUGUUUGUUUGAGAGUAUUUGCUUCUGGACAAGCUCUUGGCGGGCAUAAGAGAACCCAUGUAACUGGCUCCGCACGGCCUCCAGCUUCUGUUAGAAGUUCAACCAAGCUUGGUCAAGCUUUCAUAGAUCUUAAUCUUCCAGCUCCAAUGGAUGAUGACGAGUUUAGCCAAAUCGAGCUCUCUGCGGUGUCUGAUGCAGAAUUCGUGAACCCCCAUUAGGCAAUGAACUUCUUCAGCUAGCAAUGAAUCUUGCAGCAGAAAUAGGUUGAACCCAAGAAUUCUGCAGAAGAAGAAAUCGACGUUCUUGUUGAUAGGUUCUGUUUCAGUUUCCAAGCGGUUCAAGGGAACUGUUCCACCAUUAAUUUUUGCUGAAUAUAUUACAGUCAUUUUCAAAAGAAGUUGAUCAACCUGUACUUUUUUUGUAAUAGAAAAGUAACUUCCACCUCUUA